AUGCUCGUAAUCCUACCAAGAACUUUAUUCUCUUCCGAAUAUGUGAAAAUCAAUCAUGGUCCUCACGACGAAAAAAAAGGAUCGACUGGACAAGGUAUUGAGGUGGAAAAGGAUGAAUUUAGUCAAAUAAAAAAUAUUCGUAAACAUGAUAACGAACUUGACCGAAAGUUUUGUUACGGAUCGGAAUGCAAAUUCUUGUUUGCUUAUUAUCCACCAACAAUGGAAAUAUCGACAACAAAUAUUGAAUUCAUAACAUACAUAAAACUGGCGGAAUCGCUCGGACGUAUAAUGGUAUUAACUAACGUUGGAUCAAAUAAAAUUUCAACGUGUCAACACUUUCCAUUCAAUUUUUAUUAUGAUGUAGAUCAAUUACAGGAGAUGUUUCCGGACAUAAAAUUUAUUUCUCAAAAAGACUUUCAAAAAUGGUCUUAUCAUAGAUAUGAUAAACCUUCAACCUCUCAUUAUUAUUUAAUUAACGGAGGAGAACAAAAUUCCAUCAUGCCAGUCACACCUUAUUCCGAUUCAUUGAGGAAAACUUGGUGUCUUGAUAAAUUUCAAUUAAAUUUAAAUGAUAAAACCCCAUUUAAACAAUUAAGGGUUUCAUGGAAUACUUGGGAAUUGGAAGAUGGAAGAGAGGUUUUGCAAGAAUUCCUUGUGAAUAGUUUCCAAGAUAACUCUAAAGUGUUAUUAAUCAGACAUGAUAUAAGACAACCUUUAUUUAUAGAUGAAUUCCCUCCCUUACCUUAUGCCAAACACAUCAGGGAUUCAUCUUCAAAAAUUAUAAAUUCUCUAAGACCUUAUAUAGCAAUUCAAUGGGACAUCCAACAUAUAACACAAUACGUUUUACCGGAAUGUGCUCUUAGCCUCUUAAAUCAAGUACAAGAAACGGUUGAUAAAAGUUCAAUAGAAAAUAUAUAUUUUGCUUCAGAUUAUCCUUUACGUUAUUUAAAAGAUAUAAUUUCUUCAAAUUCUUCUGAACCGUUCUUUCAACCUUCUUCUAAAUGGAGCCAUAUCUCAGUUUCUCAUACCAAAACAAUGGAGGUGAUUGCGACAACAAUUCCUUAUCAAACUGCGGAUUCUUUGGGUGUUAUGAAACAUUUACAAGAUUCUUUAAAGGAUGAAUUCGAAAAUAGCGGUGUUAGGGAUAUUUUGGAUAAAUUAGUUUGUAUCGAAGCUGAUUUUUAUAUCGGUCUUCCAAGUCAUCAUUGUACUAACCCUAUGGAUCUUAAAAGGUCAAAGGUUGUUGUGGAAAUGAGAAAUAAAAUUUGGAACCAUUUAUCUAAUAGUGAAGAUAUUGAAAGCGUGCUUGACUUAAACAGCGAGUUACAUGCUCAGAAGCCAAAAAUGUUUAGCUUGCUUCUAACUCAAACCAAUUCAUAUGAUCGAUUACAAUCGAGAAAUCGAUUUUUAUUCAAGUCAUUAUUUCCAAUAAUAAUUUUAACAUUGUUAAUAGCAUUUUACACUCUCUCGGCCGAAUUUAUAUUUACGGCAUCUUUACAAUCUUCCACAACAUCCGAAACAUCAACCGAACCAACGACAAAGCCUUCCCUUGAUUCACCAACUUAUGAUGAGAAAUUCUUAACAUAUUUGCCUCAUAGUGGGUUUCAUAAUCAACAUGGAUCUCUCAUGAAUGCAAUGAUGUUAUCAUAUAUCACGAAUCGUACUUUAAUCCUCCCACCUAUAUUAAUUUAUCACACCAUCCCUUAUCAACCAUCUGAUAUUUUAUACGAUUCAUUAAAUAAAACCGUUACAAUUAAAAAGUAUCGAAUGAAUCAUUGCACGAACGUUUCGGCCGAAAACGAAUCAUCAGAUGUUGAUGAUGACCUUUGCAGCCAAAAGUAUUCGAAAUAUGAUAAAUUAACUAUGUUAAAUUGGGAGCAUUUAUUAGAUUUCUCCGAGAUAAAAAAGUAUAUCAAAUUGGUACAUCGCGGGUAUGAUUUCAACUUUGAUACAUUACUAGAACAAUUUUCCACAUCGAAAAGUGAGACAUUUUUCAUCGUUGAAAGUAAACAUUAUAAGUUUAGAUUUUUCGAUAAUGAUCAUUCCGAGGAGGGUCUGGAUCGAUUUAAGAAGAAAUUUUUUACGUCAGACUUAUUAAAAAUCGACGAAAAAUUAUUACAUUUCUAUUCAUUAUUUAGUCAUUAUAAGAUUGUAUUGGAACAACCAAAGAAUAUUCAUUUUUAUAAUAUAAUUCAUAAUACCUUUAUGGUUAAUAAUCCAAAAUUAUUGAAUACAAGUAACGAAGUCAUGCAAAAGUUAGGUGGAAAAGGGUCUUACUUUGGUUUACAUGUCAGAGUUGGUGAAGCAAAAUUUCGAUUUCAAGAAAAAGAAAAUUUAAAAUUCAUCAAUGAUGAAUUAAAAAAAUUCCUUAAAAACAACACGAUUCCAUAUUUAGAUACUAGUUACCUAAAUAAAAGCAAAAAGGAGGAGGAAUACUUUGCUUAUAGUCUACAGGAGUGCUUGGCUCAUAAUUUACCAGUAAUUUACAUUGCAACGGAUUCGAAAAAUCCCUUCAAAGAACUUAAACUCCUAUAUGAUAAAUAUCUAUGUAUCUUCACUUUAUUUGAUUUUAAAACCGAUUUAGAAGAUAUUGGUAAAACUUCAAGUGAUUUUGAUCCGAACAUUGACCUACUUAAUUUUUACAUACCUUUAAUUGAUUUGCUUACAGUAUCUUACGGUGGUGUUUUUAUCGGGACAAUAGAUAGCACCUUUUCAAGAAUGGCUUAUGAGUUGCAUGAUUUGUAUAAAUAUGGAGAAAUCAAAUCUCAUUUUUAA